CAAAUCUCCCGUCCUUUUCGCACAUCUGCACAUCGAUAUAUCGAUCGGCCGCCUUCUCGCUUACACACUGUCAGUCCAGCCGUGACAGUCGCAGCUAUACGCUGAGUAGUCAAAGCAUUUUAUUUGUUUACAUGAGUUUGUGAUAAAUUAUUUUAUUGUGUAUCAAUUUGCUGUAUAAAUAUCGGAUAUUUGUUUGAUUACCUCAACGCACCAAAUACCAAAAUGUUUAGAAAACCGCACAACCCACGAGCUAGAAGGCGGCUCUUCGAAGCUGACGACCUCACCGAGGCAAGGAUCGACAACUUCGUGAACGUCCUCAAGGAGUCCGCAAAAAGAGAUCUGGUCGAGAAAUCACGUAAAUGGAACUUUGAUUUCGCAAACGAAGUACCUCUAGAGGGUACUUACGAAUGGUUCUCUUGCACUAACACCGAUACAGCCGAGUGGGUGGGGGUGAAAUCUGAAAAGGCCUGUGAUAAAAAUGAAGAUUCCUGCCUCCCUAUAAAGGCGGAGAAUGAAAUUACACCAAGAUGUAGAGAUGACGACGCACUCCCGAUUUUAAGGAAGCGCAGAAGGAAUGCUGAAGUCGUUACGGAUAAGGCGGUUAGACGUAAAAUUAGUUUUGAGUAAAGUUACGUUUACCACUUCAGAGUUCCUAGCGAGGGAUUUCUUAUCGACGUUUACUCAAUCGAUCGUUUGAAAGUUACUAACUUCUAUCUGUAUGGAAGAAAAGAGCGCUAAACAGUUUUGUCACUUGAUGGCAUUCUUAAGAUUCCAUAUAAAUCGUAGUUUCACGCGAUCAAAUAAGUAAACUUAGUAGAAGUUCUCACACUAGGCACUCACGGUUGCACUGUUUUUACAAAUUAACUCCAAUAUGAAGAAAACACUCACUCCGCUAGUAGUAAAUGGCAUUCCGACGGAAUAGAUAUGCAGUGUUUUGUCUCACUUUUUGACACAGAGGCAGUAUCAGCCUUGUUAAAGAUUAGUUGCACCGGUUUUUUUUUAACUAGCGCCAAUCUGAUGAAAGAUAAAAACACUCCCUUUAUUAUUAAAUGGCAUACCGACGGAAUAGAAAUGCAGUGUUUUGUCUCACUUUUUGACGCAGUGGCAGUAUCAGCCUUGUUAAAGAUUAGUUGCACCGGUUUUUUUUAAUUAGCGACAAUAUGAUGAAAGAUGAAAACACUGCCUUUAUAAGUAAAUGGCAUACCGACGGAAUAGAUAUGCAGUGUUUUGUCUCACUUUUUGACGCAGUGGCAGUAUCAGCCUUGUUAAAGAUUAGAAAAAGACUACUAGGCUGAUCAUCGGCCUUUCUACCAUCGUUUAAAACAGUAGCAUCUUAAAAUGAGUGUUUUUAUAUCUGACGUCCUAAAAAAAACAUUAAUCCGAAACAAAACGUCAAAAUUAUUAUGAUAAAACCUACUGAUUUAAGCGAAAGGAAUAAGGGGUUUGUAUAAUCACGAUUGAGUUGAAAUUUGAUAAAGUAAUGAUCAAUUAAAUCCGAAAAUUAUAAAAAAAAAUUGAAUUUUAUAUGUGCCUGGUUUUGAACAUUCUAGUUUUUUAGAAGUAGGUAUUUUUAGUAAGAACUUUAAAUUUAUUUAU